AUGCUGGCGCUGGAGCUGCUGGGCUUGGCGUGGCUGGCCGCGGUGGCGCUGGGCCAGAACGAGACGGAGCCCAUCAUCCUGGAGGGCAAGUGCCUGGUGGUGUGCGACUCCAACCCGGCCUCCGACCCCACCGGCACGGCGCUGGGCAUCUCCGUGCGCUCGGGCAGCGCCAAGGUGGCCUUCUCGGCCAUCCGCAGCACCAACCACGAGCCGUCGGAGAUGAGCAACCGCACCAUGAUCAUCUAUUUCGACCAGGUACUAGUGAAUAUCGGACUCAACUUUGAUUCGGAACGAAGCACUUUCAUAGCGCCCCGGAAAGGAAUUUACAGCUUUAAUUUUCACGUGGUGAAGGUGUACAACAGGCAGACGAUUCAGGUCAGCCUGAUGCUCAAUGGGUGGCCGGUGAUUUCAGCCUUUGCUGGGGACCAAGACGUCACCCGAGAAGCAGCCAGCAACGGGGUGCUGAUUCAAAUGGAGAAAGGAGACAGGGCCUAUUUAAAACUGGAGAGAGGAAACUUGAUGGGGGGCUGGAAGUACUCCACAUUCUCUGGAUUUCUAGUAUUCCCUCUUUAA